AUGGGUCCAUCCGGCUGCGGCAAGAGCACCCUCCUUGAUGUUCUCACAGGGAAGAAGAAGACCGACUCAAAGUGGACGGUCAAAGGUGACAUCCUCAUUAACAACCAGAAGAUCGACAUUGAAGCGAUCAAGCCCAUCAUCGGGUUUGUGCCGCAGGACGACGUGGUGCACGAAGGGCUGACCGUCCGGGAGAACAUCUACUACUCCGCCGCCAAGCGUAUGCCGGCCCAUACCCAUGGGUCUAGGCCUGCCAGCAAAUUGAUCUGCGGGCUGAAGGUGAAGAGAGCAUUGUUGUGCUUGAGUCUGCUUGAGGCUUCGGGCCAUCACCAAUGA